AUGAAUGAUAAACACUAUCAGGCAUGGAUCCAGACCAUCUCCCCGGGAGACGGGAGGACAUUUCCAAAGAAGGGUCAGACAUGCGUGGUGCACUACACAGGGAUGUUACAGAAUGGAAAGAAGUUUGAUUCCUCCAGAGAUCGAAACAAACCUUUCCGGUUCAAGAUCGGCAGACAAGAAGUCAUUAAAGGAUUUGAGGAAGGAGUUGCACAGAUGAGCCUGGGACAAAGAGCAAAGCUAACUUGCACACCUGAGAUGGCCUAUGGAGCCACAGGCCAUCCUGGAGUUAUCCCUCCCAAUGCUACCCUCAUCUUCGAUGUGGAGCUGCUCAGGUUAGAGUGACUCCUUGCAGGAGGAGCUGGCUGAAGACAUCUGUUGAUAAUCAUCCAUCCUGUUACUUUUCCAAAUGGUAGGCAGAGUCUUCACCAGAGUCUCAGCCUUCCCUGCUCAAGCUACCGUGGCAAUAGCUCCUGCCCGUAGUCUCUUCAUCCCUUCAUUUCUCUUUGGUUUUUUUAUUGCUGUUGUGUCAGUAUUUGUCUUUUAUUAGAAGCUUCUUUGCUUUGAGAAAAUUGUCUAUGGUUGUAACAUUUUCAGGUUGUACAUUUUAUUUAAUUUGCAUGUGAUUAAAAAUGCACAGUGACAAUUGGAAAAUAUAUAUAUAUUCCUUAUCAAAAAACCACUGCCUUACUGUACACUUCAACCAAGAAUACAAAAGGUGCUCAAAAAAACCUGAUGUACAUCUUGUACAUGAAUGGGCAUUAGCCAGACGAGUUACCUGCGCUGCCACUUUUCUCAGCUUGUACGUUCUGCUUGCUGCUGUUUUAAACAAAUGUUUCAUUUGAGAAUAUAAAAAAAAAACUCUAUAAAAAUAAAAUCUUGAUACUUUACAAUUCC